UCUGUUGUUUUCAGUAGCCAAAAUGGCCGCCGAGGAUAGAGCAAAAAUCGAAUUUAAUGAGAUUUUAAGCAGUAUUGACCGAAAAUAUGAGAUAAUAGACACAAAAUGGACCGAAGAGAAGUUUUUCGAAAUAAAAUUUCGCACCCAAAUCCCCCGGGAUAGUGAAGAUUUCAACGCUUUGUGCGAUGAGUGGGUUGACCUCUUCUCGGAAGUUACUAAUACUGUUUGGGCGAAAAAGAUAUCAAACACAGGUCCGAAAAUAAGGUUUAGAAAACAAUAUCAAUGUUGGACUCAAGGCGGGAAAGUGGUUCAAAAAGAACUUCUCUUUGAUUCGAGGCGAUGUAAAGGUACUCUAGAUAUUAAAGUGCUGACUGAUAAUCCGUUUACAAGGCGAAAAAAUAAACACAUUCGAUUAGGAUUAAAUGUCGUGGUUAAAAUUAAUUUUAUGCAUUUACAUCAAGUGGAUACGUCGAAACCCUAUGCCUUUUUUGUCCACACUUGCGAUCCUCAACCUGAACCUCCUAAACCCAUCAUACAACCCAAUGAUCGGUUGCCCCAGUUGGUGGCAGAGAUGGUCCAGAAGGGUCUUAAUGCAUCUCCCAAAGUGGUGAAUCCCAAUCCCAUCUCACAAACAACCGAACUGAAACAAAUGACUGAGAACAGCAGAAAAGAAGACACCCAGCAACUGUUCCCGACGAAUUUGAUGGAGGAACUAGGGGACAAAACCAUGGAAAAUGAACAACAUCCCGCAGUCAUUCAAGAAAAUAUCCAGUUCCCAAGUAUGCAGCAACAGACAAUACAACUGGUCCAAAAUUUACCAAUACAGGGAAUGGAAACAAUAAAACUCGAAUUACCUCCACAUUUACAACAAUAUACUCAGUUUGUGGUCAGUGAUAUGUCUGAACCACUGUUGAUGUGUCAGUCACUUAUGUUGGACACUUCUCAAGUCAUACCAGUAUCUACCCACACAUUACCGUCACAUUUUGUGCAAAUACAAUCACAGAAUUUGCACAAUCAGUAAAAGUAUUUUUAGAGCACUUGUGUAUAAUGCCAAUAUUAUUAUUAUUAGAGACUGAGGUUAUAUAAAAUAUUUAUGAAUUUUAGAAAUAAUGUACUGACUGUGUUAUUUUGUGUGAAUGGUAACGAGUACUUUUAUAUUAAAGGCUAGUAAAAGGAAACUGUUUAUUUUAUAUUGCAUAAUAUUUGUGAUUAAUUUAUUACAUGAAAUUUGUGAUUAUUGGGAAUUAAUCAGAGCUUUUAUUAUUGUUUUCAUAAGUAUAACCCUCUAUAUUCAGCAAGAAAAUCUGUUUUACAGGUAGAUAUGUGCUGCAUAAUGAUUACAUAAUAAUAAGACAUAGUUUUCCGUAUUAACAUUGUAAACUUUAAAUAUUUAAUUUCUAACAUUGAUAAUAACUCUAUUUUAUUGUAGGUACAUCAAUUUUUGAUUCAAUCUUUUGUGUAAGGUAGGUACGUUUGUGAUUGGAUAUGCAAUUUACUCCAAUCUUAAUGUAUACAUAUGUACAUUUUUUUUAAAAUAAAACUAUUUCCAUAACA